AUAUUUCUUUUUUUAAGUAUCAGUAAGAACGUAUACGUUUACUGUGCGUUGUAAACAAAAUAUAAGCAUAUAAUGAAUACAUAAUAAGUAACACGUACAGAAUUAUAGAUGUAAUUAUUACAGCAAAUCACUCGAGAGCUUCCGUGCAUGCCAGCAUGGCGAUAAGCCAAAGUACUCCUGUUGCUUACCUAUGAUGUCAGAGACACCUUCUCUUUCAUUGGCUCUUUACUCGACACUUAUAAAAGUACCAUUAUCCGAUCAUCACAUUUACUAAUGUCGAUUUUGCUUUAGACACUUUUACGGAGUCGAAAAUCGUUUAAAAGUACUUAAACAUUUUUCCUUCGUGGCUUUUUAUUCGAGGUUGCUUUCUAAAGUAUCGUAUACAAGUGCCAGAGUGGUCUAUAUUUAGUCAUCAUUAGGUCUCUAUCAACAUGUAAAAUUAAAUGUACUUAGUUAAAUAAGCGUCCUUGAUCUAGCGAGGAGAUGGAAUUGGAAAGAAUCCGUACUGAUUUUUCUGAUAAUGGAGAACAUUAACCUUUUUUCUUGUUUAGGAGAUAAAAAUCGUGCAGCAGAAGGGGAGGAUCUCGAUCCCGUUGGUGACCCGGGAGGUGUGAAGGGUCCAAAGUCCAAAACGAAGAGCCAAUCGGAUCUUUCAGACAGUUCCGACAUGGAUACUGGUUCUCGGCCGUCCACUCCUCAUGCCCGGACAGUACCUUCGUCACCGAACAAGAAAAUCCUGAGUUUCAAAUCCAGCAAGAAAAUGCACAGUGUUUGGUCGACGUUGAAGCGUUUGGCGCCUAAUAAAAUGAGAUCGAGAAGCAAGGAGAGGCACAAGAACAAUUUGCAUUCUAUCGGCAGAUUAAGUUCGAGUCAUCCCGACGUAUCUUGCAGCAACCUGGCAGCUUUGGCUAAAGGAACUUGUGACGAUUCGGCUCUUCCCAUCGAUAACGAAGAUCUUGUAGACGCACCUAGUUUUAGCGACCCAACUAUUCCAGACCAAAUUGCUCACGAAGACCGACUGUGUCCAAGCAGAAAUCUUCCAACGAAAGAAACAGAAAAUCUGACGGAUAGCGGUAUUACCAUCGACAGUAUGAACAGUGCUUUGAGCAGACAGAAAUUUGGUGCUCUUCGUCAACAUGCCUUUUUUCAAUUGGAUAUUCAUCUCCGGGCCGGCAAAGAUCUUUUAGCUAAAGAUGCUUGUGGCACUAGCGAUCCGUACGUAAAAUUCAAAAUAGGAGGAAGACAAUUGUAUAAAAGUAGAACAAUUCCAAAAACUUUAGAACCUUUUUGGGAUGAAUUUUUUCAUCUUCCUGUUGAGGAUGUCUUCCAACCCCUUCUCAUUCGCGUCUACGAUUACGAUUUUGGUUUAUCCGACGAUUUUAUGGGAGCUGCAGAAUUUGAUCUUACUAAAUUAGAAUUAAAUAAAACUACAGAUGUAACGUUACAUCUGACGGAAUCGGGGAAAUCUGAUGAUGAUAAGUCAUGUGGCUAUUUAAUGUUAGCAUUCACGCUCAUUCCAAGAACUCAAGAAGAAAAAGAACAGUAUUUCAACAAAUCAUCAAGAUUGGGUUCCUCUUUAGACAGUGCUGUUAAGAAGCAAAAAACUCAAGUAUGGGAUAGUGUUGUGACAAUAGUAUUAGUAGAAGGUAAAAAUUUAUUGCCAAUGGAUGAAAAUGGUUUAAGUGACCCAUACGUUAAAUUCCGAUUGGGUACAGAAAAAUAUAAAAGCAAAAAUUCCAAUAAAACUCUAAAUCCUCAAUGGUUAGAACAGUUUGAUUUGCAUAUGUAUGCAGAACAUCCAAAAAUUUUAGAAGUCUCUGUAUGGGAUAGAGAUUAUCAUGGAAAAGAUGAUUUUAUGGGCAGAUGCACAAUAGAUCUUAGCAGUCUUACUCCAGAAAAAACACAUAAUAUUUGGCAAGAGCUUGAAGAUGGAGCAGGUUCUAUAUAUCUUCUUAUCACAAUUAGUGGUAUGCACAAACCCGAUACUGUGUCUGAUUUAACAGCUUAUGAAUUUGAUCCUAGGGAAAGACAAUCUCUUAUUAAUAAAUAUAGUAUUUUUAAAACCUUCAAUAAUCUGGGGGAUGUUGGUCAUCUUGUUAUUAAAGUCUUCAAAGCACAAGGAUUAGCAUCUGCAGAUAUUGGAGGUAAAAGUGAUCCCUUUUGUGUUGUAGAAUUAGUAAAUGCAAGGCUUCAAACUCACACAGAAUAUAAAACACUCACUCCUGAAUGGAAUAAAAUUUUUGUUUUGUCCUCAAGGAGUUUUCCUCUAUGGUCCUCUUCCUCAUGGAACCACAGCGGGGAUUUAGCGUUGCAGUCUCCAGAGAUAAAGUAAGUUUUGCCCUCUAGUUUUCUCAUUACUUCGCUUAGUUCUUUUAUGCAACCCUCAUCCUCGUCAAAUGGGGAGAAAUACACACUCAGUAUAAAGUCCACAGGGCCGUGGUGAAGGGCCACUGUUGUAAUUCUGUUGGAGCUAAGCUCCGGAACAAGAGCUGCUUUAAUGUUGAAGUUCCUUAUGAUAAUCCCACAUUUGGGUCUCUUUUCCGCCUCCCCUUUAUUAAGAACA